AGUUAUUGAAAACCCCAAAGCUACUCCACGCUUUCCGGCGUAUGACCUGAAAUAAACUCCGUAUAUCCCCCCCAAGCCCCCCCCCCUCCCCUCACCCCGGGCUGCGGGCGGCAAACCUCGGCGGAGGACAUCGCCGGUUGUGUGGACGGGGGCUGUAUGUGCCAGUCUCCGCACUCCUUGGGAUUCGGGUGCCACACAGGUUUGAGGUUGCGGUCGAACCCCGAGGACUCGAUGCGAUAACCAGAGCGAGACAUGCCGCAGCCUAAGUCACGAAAGCUCGCCAUCCUCGGCUACCGAUCCGUAGGAAAAUCCUCUUUGACCAUUCAGUUCGUUGAGGGCCAGUUUGUUGACUCCUAUGACCCCACAAUAGAAAACACGUUUACUAAAAUGAUCACGAUAAAUGGACAGGAGUAUCAUCUUCAGCUAGUCGACACAGCAGGACAGGAUGAGUACUCCAUCUUUCCACAGACGUACUCCAUAGAUAUCAACGGCUACAUCCUGGUCUAUUCCGUCACUUCCAAUAAGAGCUUUGAAGUGGUCCAAGUGAUCCACGAAAAACUGCUGGACAUGGUGGGGAAAGUUCAAGUUCCCAUCAUGCUCGUCGGAAACAAGAACGACCUACACAUGGAGCGGGUAAUCAGCUGCGAAGAGGGGAAAGCAUUAGCCGACUCCUGGAACGCUGCCUUCAUGGAAUCCUCAGCCAAAGAGAACCAGACGGCCGUGGAGGUUUUCCGCAGAAUGAUCUUGGAGGCGGAGAAGAUGGACGGCGGCGCACAGCCCGGCAAGACGUCCUGCUCUGUCAUGUAGGGGGAGUCCACAACCAACGGGGCUACACACACACACACACGCACGCACACUCACUCACUCACACACGUGCACACAGGACAACUGCACUGGGAUAUCCCGUUUUACUUGAAGGCUACCUAACGCCACUUUUCCACCUGAAUAUCCUCCAUGGCCCUGGAUCCUGUUAUUUAUCAGUAUUGUCAUCCAUGUUUUCCUUUUGGUGUGCUUGGUGUGGAAACAGGACGAGUGGCGCUCAUGAAUUUAAUCCCAAACCGUGUAUCAAAACAAGCGUUUUCCCCACCAUGUGGUCAUGAUAAUAAUAACUAGAUAAAGACGUUUCUUCUGGUACAUUUAUUUUGUUUCCAUAUAGCAGUAAGUGUCAGCCAAAUAGUAGUAAACAAACAAAAAAUGUCAUCCAUUUUCUAAAGUUGAAAAUGUACAAAUGUUUUGGAUUGUAAUCAUUAAAGCCAAAAGUGGUUAUGUAAAAAGCG